AUGAAAGAAACUACCGUCCAAAAAGGCCCGAAAUCGAAUGAGUUGGCUAAUGUAAGAUGCCUUGAAUGCCACGCUGUUGGAACGGUGAUGAAAACGAUCGACGGAAUCGUCCUUUUUCCGAACAAGGUGAAAAAAACGCUGCUCGAGCUUGGCGGGGGCAUUUUGAUGCCGAAUAUAAAGAAAGUCAAGCCGACUGUCAAGAUAGCCAAUAAUAAGGCGAAGAAAUUCGUGGAAGGUUUCAAUCAAGUUGAAGACAACGAAGAGGACGGAGAGAACGACGGAUUUCUACAGAGAUCGAUUAAAAGUUUCCGAAAACUCAGAACAAAAUUCGCCAGUGGGAUCAAAAAUACGAAGGGCGAAAAGAAAUUCGAGCUUGUAAAAAUGAUGGAGCGACUUGAAAAGGAAAAAACGAAAACGCCGGCGAAGGAUGUUCCUGAACGAUUCACGGGCUUCUUUUCUGACGAGUUUGAGAAGGACAACUUCUGGAAAUCGAAAAAACGCUUUUCGCUCCACGGCAACGCAACGAUGCCUCAAUUCGCCGUUUACAUGUUGUUCGGCUGCAUUUUCUGGGGCACCGUCGUCGGAAUAACGAAUUACUAUUCGAUGCUUGCAGCUCGCAUUCAACCAACUUAUUUGACGAACGUUUGCCAAGCUGGCUUCAAAAACUGCACUGUUACGAACGAUUUGGAUUACUGCGCGCACUUGCUUCAUGAAUGCAUCGGAACUGGCAAUUUCAUUCAACCGGCUGCAAUCGAAAUUGAGGAAAGAGCAAUAGAGCCACCUCUUACAUUCACAGACAAAGAAAACGAAGUCAAUCAAGUGCGAUGCAAAAAACAAAAGUUCUAUGCCAUGUUUUUCAAAAUAACUCCUUUAGUUUCUGUUCUUUUCUAA